AUGGCGGAGGCGGGAAAAGAGCCUGCAGGCCUCGCGUUCCCGGGAGGAGGUGCCACCCAAUGGCCUCUGCAGCGGUAUGGACGCUUCAUGCCCUCAGGCACCGGAGAGCCUCCUGGUCCUGGUCAGGGCGCGGGGACAGCCUCUUCCCUCACAUGGAAGGUUUUUGACUCCAGUGAAGAAUCUGGGUAUCUUGUUCUCACCAUCGUUAUAUCAGGUCAUUUCUUCAUUUCCCAAGGACCCACACUGCUGGAAGGGUUUUCACUCAUUGGUAGCAAGAACUGGUUGAAGAUUGUGAGACGCAUGGAUUGUCUGUUGUUUGGAACAACGAUAAAGAACAAGAGCCGCAUGUUCCGGGUGCAGUUUAGUGGAGGGUCCAAGGAGCAGGCGCUGGAAAGCUGCUGCAGCUGCGUGCAGAAGCUGGCCCAGUAUGUGACCGUCCAGGAGCCUGACAGAGUCAGCCAGGAACUCAGGCCAAGUGCUGGCCUGCUGGGGGCAGGUGAAAGCCAAGGGAAGGAUUGUGCACAGCACAUCCCACCACAGCACCGGUCGCACCAGAAGCCAGAGAAGCAGCAGCAGCAUGGACCGGCCGGCACAGGGACUUCAGGAGGAAGGACCUCAGUGAGUUGGUUGGCUCAGUCUCUCCUGGUGUCAGAGGAGCUGUCCCCGGUCUAUGAACAAUCUGCGUGGGACACGGAAGACUUACGCCCCUUUCUACGCUUGUGCCUCAUGGAUCAGAAUUUCCCCGCAUUUGUGGAAGAGGUGGAAAAGGAACUUAAAAAGCUGACAGGGUUGAGAAAUUAA